GCCUAAUUCGGCAUACUGGUACUAGUCCUCAUCUUCUGCACUGACCCAUUCAUUUUGUCAGAUCUUGAAAGCAAACUUGUUUUUUCAAUGCGAAAGAUUCCCAAAAAUGAGCCCUGGCUUGAACAUUUAUUCAAAUUUAUUCAACUCUAAUUCUCCCAGAGUACCCUGUGCACCUUGUCACAUACUUCAAACGUGCAAGUCUUAAAUUACGUGCUAAAAGAAAAUUACAGGAUAUCAAAUCCCCCUACUGUUGUAGUUUUACUUCCGGUUAAUUAGCAUAUCUUUCGCACAUGCGCACCCGGAUUGAGUUCCUCGUGUAGUCCGCCAUGUUUUGUACUGUGUUAAUAAAAUAGGUGAAUACAAAGCCUUCAAGUCAACUUAUUACAUGGUGUCAGAAGCAAACUGAAGGAAAAUCACUCUCAAACAUACCAGGUCGGUAUUUUACGAGAAAUCUAGCAAGUUUACACAAGGAAAAUGGCCGAACUCACUGGACUCACUAGCCCUCGUAUGGACUGGAAUGCAACCGAUCUUCAACAAGCGCUAAAAAAGUUCAAGGCAACCGUCGAAUUGUACUUUUCUGGCCCGCUUAAGUCCAAAUCGGAGGAAGAAAAGGUCAGUUAUCUGUUGAUGUGGACGGGAGAAGAAGGAAUUGAAUUAGUUUCUACGUGGUCGCUAACCUCAGACGAGAAGAAAAAGCUGUCAACUUACUGGGAGAAGUUUGAAGAAUACGUCGCCCCCAAGAGCAAUUUUCGCUUAGCACGAUUUAAACUACGCACUCUGAAGCAAAAGGACGAUGAACCAGUGGAUUCAUUUAUAAAGAAAGUAAGAUUGCUAGCCAGCGAAUGCAGACCACUGGCUGAAUUUGUACAUGCCCUUUACUCACUUUUUACUGAUCUUUACUUUACUUAUUUGGAGAUCAACCCGCUAGUGAUGGUAGCUGACAAAAUCUAUGCCUUGGAUUUAGCAGCUAAGCUUGACCAAACAGCUGAAUUCAUAUGUAAAACAAAGUGGGGCGACAUUGAGUUUCCCCCACCAUUUGGGAGAGAUGCUUUUCCAGAGGAAGCAUACAUAGCUGAACUUGAUGCUAAAAGUGGGGCUUCCCUCAAGCUUACAAUCUUGAAUAGAAGAGGUCGUAUUUGGACCAUGGUAGCUGGGGGAGGGGCAUCUGUCAUUUACAGUGACACUAUCUGUGACCUCGGUGGUGCAAUGGAGCUUGCCAACUAUGGGGAGUACUCAGGGGCACCAUCUGAGGGCCAGACCUUUGAGUAUGCAAAGACGCUGCUGAAGCUCAUGACAGAGGGUGAACCACACCCAGAUGGAAAAAUCCUAAUUAUUGGAGGUGGAAUCGCAAACUUCACAAAUGUGUCUGCUACAUUCAAGGGUAUUGUGCGAGCACUGCAGAACUUUCAGAAGAAUCUGAUAGAGCACAACGUUGAAGUGUUUGUCAGAAGGGGAGGGCCAAACUACCAAGAGGGACUCAGAAUCAUGAGAGAAGUGGGCUCCAGGCUUGGGCUGAAGAUGCAUGUGUUUGGCACAGAGACACACAUGACAGCAGUUGUGGGAAUGGCUUUGGGAAAGAGAUCCAUUCCAGACAUUGAAGCCUUUGACUCUAAUGAGGCUGCAAACAUGUUUUUCAAUGCAGAAAACAACAAGCCUUCCCCUACUGUGAAGCAGAAUUCUCUAAGCUGGACUGGUGCUGAGGCAGCGGCAUCACCUUGUGGUAUAUCCCGCCCACCGCCGAUUGAGCGCAAGGCAUCUGCUGAAUCCAAAUACACAUUGUUUCAUGAAAAGACACGGGCUAUUGUGUGGGGCAUGCAAGCUAGGGCUGUGCAGGGCAUGUUGGACUUUGACUAUGUGUGUGAACGGAAGUACCCCUCAGUGGCUGCGAUGGUCUACCCUUUUAGUGGCAACCACAAGCAGAAAUUCUACUUUGGACACAAUGAGAUCAUGAUUCCAGUUUACAAGGAUAUGGGUGAAGCAAUGAAUAAACACCCAGAAACUGAUGUAUUUAUCAAUUUUGCCUCGCUGCGCUCUGCUUAUGAUGCAACACUGGAAGCCAUGCAGUUCCCACAGAUCCGUACUAUUGCCAUUAUUGCUGAAGGAAUUCCUGAGGCAAAGACGCGGAUCCUGAACAAGAAAGCUAAAGAGCUUGGGAUUACCAUUAUUGGACCCGCCACUGUUGGCGGGAUUAAACCUGGUUGUUUCAAGAUAGGUAAUACUGGUGGAAUGUUAGAUAACAUCCUGGCAUCUAAGCUCUACCGCCCCGGCAGUGUCGCAUAUGUAUCAAGAUCAGGGGGAAUGUCCAACGAACUUAACAACAUCAUCGCUCGCACAACGGAUGGGGUAUACGAGGGAAUUGCUAUUGGAGGAGACAGGUACCCUGGAACUACGUUUAUCGACCACGUUCUUCGGUAUCAAGACAACCAAGACAUCAAGAUGAUUGUGCUUCUAGGCGAGGUUGGUGGCCGAGACGAGUACGAGAUCUGCGAUGCGAUCAAGUCUGGGCGUGUUAACAAGCCGCUGGUUGCCUGGUGCAUAGGUACUUGCGCCAACAUGUUCACCUCGGAGGUUCAGUUCGGCCAUGCUGGUGCCAGUGCACAUAGCAACAUUGAGACUGCCGUCGCCAAGAAUAAGGCCCUCAAAUCCUCUGGUGCUCAUGUCCCAGACAGCUUCGACUCGCUCUCGGAAGUCAUCAAAGAUGUGUAUGACGGUUUAGUGUCCGAUGGAGUGAUCGUACCUGCCCCUGAGAAGAAACCGCCUACUGUACCGAUGGACUAUCAGUGGGCUCAGGAGUUGGGUCUCAUCCGUAAACCGUCGUCAUUUAUGUCCAGUAUCUGCGAUGAGCGUGGCGCAGAGCUCCUUUACGCCGGGAUGCCCAUCACGGAGGUCUUCAAGGAAGAAAUUGGCGUUGGAGGGGUAUUGUCGUUACUUUGGUUUCAAAGAAGGCUCCCGAAGUAUGCAUGCGACUUUAUCGAGAUGUGUCUGAUGAUCACCGCGGAUCAUGGUCCAGCUGUGUCCGGAGCACAUAACACGAUCGUCACUGCACGUGCCGGCAAGGAUCUUAUCUCUUCCCUUGUCUCCGGACUCUUGACGAUUGGAGACCGAUUUGGUGGGGCUCUGGAUGCGGCCGCGCGCCAGUUCUCAGAAGGCUAUGACACCAAGCAAGCACCCAUGGACUUUGUUAAUGACAUGAGAAAGAAAGGACAGCUGAUUAUGGGCAUCGGGCAUCGCGUCAAGUCGCUCAACAACCCGGAUGUUCGCGUAGUCAUUCUGAAGGACUUUGUCAAGAAGCACUUUCCAGCCACGCCACUGUUGGACUAUGCCCUCGAGGUCGAGAAAAUCACAACCUCUAAGAAACCCAACCUUAUUCUCAACGUUGACGGAUGUAUUGGCGUCUCGUUUGUCGACCUUCUUCGUCACUGUGGGGCAUUUUCCAGGGAAGAAGCCCAAGAAUAUGUAGAGGUCGGCGCUCUGAACGGGCUCUUUGUGCUUGGUCGCUCCAUCGGAUUUAUUGGGCACUACUUGGACCAAAAGCGCCUGAAGCAAGGGUUGUACCGGCACCCGUGGGACGACAUCACUUACAUCAUGCCCGACCAUCUUCAACACUUGCACCCCGCUAGCUUCGAGUAGCACCCAGCCAGGGCCGGGAAUCCCUUGGCCUACCAGAAAAACGUACACACUCCAUCCAGAGAUUGGUACACGAAUUGAGAUAACGUACUACAUAUAAGGGUUUUUGAGUACAGUGCCUUUAGGACAGGGGUUUUGAGUACACGGCUUUUAGGACAUGGUUAUUGAGCACAGGGGUUUGGGUACAGGAUGUUUUAGUGCAGGGCUUUCAAGACAAAGGGAAACGCGAUGAAUAACGUGAGGAUCUAAAUAAAGUAAUUAUGUUCGUUUAUCUAAUUUUUAAAUAUUGAAAGCAUUGUUAUACUUUAGCAGUCGGGGGAUGCCAUUUUUUAAUGUAGUAUGGACUUUUUCGGAGUGAUUCAAUUAACCAGGAGAACUAACUAACUGUUGUGUUGUGUUGGUGGCCGGUAGUGCCAACGCACGUAUAUGAUGACUUAUUGGGGGGGGGCAAAGUCACUCGGUCUAUAGCGUGUACUCUACUUUUCAAGCACACAUAACUUGUGAGGUGAUAUGAAGCACACAUAACUUGUGAGGUGAUAUGAAGCACACAUAACUUGUGAGGUGAUAUGAAGCACACAUAACUUGUGAGGUGAUAUGAAGCACACAUAACUUGUGAGGUGAUAUGAAGCACACAUAACUUGUGAGGUGAUAUGAAGCACACAUAACUUGUGAGGUGAUAUGAAGCACACAUAACUUGUGAGGUGAUAUGAAGCACACAUAACUUGUGAGGUGAUAUGAAGCACACAUAACUUGUGAGGUGAUAUGAAGCACACAUAACUUGUGAGGUGAUAUGAAGCACACAUAACUUGUGAGGUGAUAUGAAGCACACAUAACUUGUGAGGUGAUAUGAAGCAAUGUCUUCUGUCGUGGUUAUUGUGGUUAUCACUGACCAUCGGCCUGGAUUGGUCACCUAGGAAGUCUCAUACAUUAGGGUUGGAACAUUUAUUAAAACGUACUGCCCUAAAAACUAUUUAUAGAGAAUGAUAUAAAGUGCAUUCAACCAACAAUUGAAAGAUUUAAGAAAUCAGAUGUUUACGUAAAAGCGGUCGAAUUGUCUAAGUUAAAGUUCUAAUAAAACAACAAAUAAUAAAA